CACAGGUGCACAGCAAUGUAACGAUCUACGCUAAUUAAACUCUCGCGUCUUCUAUAUCGCCUUGUUCUGAUCUUCAUUUGGCCUCCCAGCUCCGUCCCUGCAUGGAAAUAGCUGCUGAUGUCCUGUGGCGUGUUUUAGUAGACCUGUCCAUUCCGGUGAAUUUACAAGAUGUCAGUCAAUGGUGAGGGACACCCAGAUGACCAAACCUACUCUUCUAGAGUUUGCUUUAUGGAGAAUGGCUUGGAUAAAUUAGAAAAUUCCCCUCUGAAGAAAGAUUCCUACACUCAGUGCCCUGGCUCUCUUGAGGAGGAUAAAGUCACAGUGAAUGGAAACUACUACUGCCCUGUUACCAAUGGAGAGCUGCAGCACGUUCACCAUGCUCGAGCUGGGAGGAAGGUUGAGCCCGUGUACUCGGGAGAGAAAGGGCAUACAGUACUGGGGCACUCUGGGAUUGAGAGGUGGGCCAGUCCCCUCGAGGCACAAGGCCAAGGGGCAGCCAUCAACCAACAUUUUGAGUUUCCCAAAUACGGAACUACGAGAACUCGCAUCGAUGAUGAUGAUGAUGACCUGGUACCUCUCAUCAAACCACAUUCCUCUGUCGGACCAUGUGAACCUCCAGGGUGCAAAGCGAGAGAGAACAUUCAGCCUGGCGUCGCCCUUGCUCCAGCGGAGCAGAUGUGGAGCACUUCCAGAGAACGCGCCGUCAAGCUACGAGUGGCCAAGUCGGGCCCUGGCUCCGAAGCGCCGAUGACCGUCUAUCAGAUGUUUCAGGAGACCGUGAGGAACUACGGGGACCUCCCUGCACUGGCAGCCAAGAAGGACGGCAACUGGGAGACCCUAACCUACAAGGAGUACUUCCAGCAGUGUCGAGCGGCGGCUAAGAGCUUCCUGAAGUUGGGGCUGGAGCGUUACCAUGGUGUUGGAAUUUUGGGAUUUAACUCGCCAGAGUGGUUUAUUGCAGACAUUGGGAGCAUUUUGGCUGGUGGCCUUGCCGUAGGCAUCUAUGUGACCAACUCUCCGGAGGCCUGCUUGUUUGUGGCUAACCACUGUGAAGCCAAUGUACUGGUGGUAGAGAAUCACAAGCAACUUGUCAAAAUCCUCAAGGUUAAAGACCAAUUGCCACACUUGAAAGCAAUUGUACAGUACAAGGAUGAAUUGGAACAGAAGCUGUCAAAUCUAUACACAUGGAAGGAGUUCAUAAAGCUCGGAGAAGAUGUGAAGGAGGAAGCCCUUAAUGAUGUCAUCAGGUCUCAGGUGGCCAAUGAGUGUUGCUCCCUCAUAUACACCUCCGGGACGACGGGCCACCCCAAGGGGGUCAUGUUAAGCCAUGACAACAUAACCUGGCUAGCCAACGCAGCUGGAACCAUGCGUAACCUUACGUGGGGGGAGCAGAUAAUAGUCAGUUACCUGCCCCUCAGUCAUGUGGCGGCCCAAGUCAGUGACAUGUGGAUCUGCAUGAGGUUUGCGGGAACAACAUAUUUUGCCGAACCAGAUGCCUUGAAGGGCUCCUUGGUUAACACCCUGAGAGAGGUGCGGCCCACCACCUUCCUGGGCGUGCCCCGGGUUUGGGAGAAGAUGCAGGAGAAGAUGAAGGCCAUGGGAGCGAGGGCCUCCAUGAUGAGGAGGAAAGUGGCAAACUGGGCCAAGGCCAUUGGCCUGCGGGCCAGUUACAAUGCAAUGAAUGGUAGUGACGCGGUGCCCUGGGGAUACAUGCUGGCCAAUAGCCUGGUGUUCAAGAAGGUGCGCGUGGCUCUGGGCCUAGACCGCUGUACAGCCUGCUAUACAGGGGCCGCCCCGAUCACCAAGGACACGCUGGAGUUCUUCAUGAGCUUCAAAAUCCCCCUGUUUGAGCUGUACGGCAUGAGCGAGACCACGGGGCCCCACACAAUGUCCAGGCACUCAGCCCACCGCAUCAUGAGCUGCGGGAAGGAAGUGCUGGGAUGUAGCACCAAGCUGGACAAGACGGACGAGGACGGGAUCGGGGAGAUCUGCUUCUGGGGCCGCCACGUGUUCAUGGGCUACCUCAACAUGAGCGAGCAGACCGAGGCGGCGCUGGACCGGGAGGGGUGGCUGCACUCGGGAGACCUGGGCAAACACGACAAGGACGGCUUCCUGUUCGUAACGGGCCGCAUCAAGGAGCUGAUCAUCACGGCAGGAGGAGAGAACAUACCCCCUGUGCCCAUUGAGGAUUUGGUUAAGGAGGAGUUGCCCAUCAUUAGCAAUGCUAUGCUGGUGGGAGACAGGAGGAAGUUUCUGUCGGCCCUGUUAACACUCAAAUGUAACGUUGAUGACUCCGGGGAGCCGACAGAUGAGCUAGCCCCGGAAACCGUGGAGUUCUGCUGGCAGCGGGGCUCCACUGUGGUCCGAAUCUCCGACCUCACCGCCAAGAGACCCCCGGCCAUCUCCAAAGCCAUCCAGGAGGGUAUAGAGCGUGUGAACGUCAGAGCCACCUCCAACGCACAGAAGAUCCAGAAGUGGACCAUACUGGAGAGGGAUUUCUCCAUCACUGGGGGAGAACUUGGUCCGACCAUGAAGCUGAAGAGGCCCAUUGUCCACAAAAUGUACAAAGAGGACAUCGAGAGGUUUUAUGCCGAGUGACACCUCUCCUGGGGACGUGAGGGUGAAUUCAAGAUCAACAUGGAGAAAGUCAUUGGACUGUGGAACGUCAUAGUGUCGAUGGUGAUCCAUCUUGCACUCCAAUCCCAACCGACCAUAUGACUGAAAUGUGCCCAGUUCAGUUCAGUCCACAUGCCAUCAGUGUCUGUGUAUUUGCAGACUUGUGUAUUUGGUCCAUUGAGCUUUCAUUGGAAAGCGUUUCACUGCCAACAUUUAAUUGAAUCAUCAUGUGUUAACAGAGUCCUGGUGCUAGUAAUGGCGUACAUUUUUCGGCGAAUACUAUUUGAAUUCAGUCAACUGGGCAUGGAAUAGAAGUGUAUCAACUGUAUUGCAGUGAAAAGUAGCCUUUCACCAAUUUCCCCUCUGUCUGUCCUAGCAAUAUAUGUAUGAUUAAAUUCCUAAUGCAAUAUAUUAAAUGAAUAUGGGAAAUGAGAA